UGUAGAGCUCUUUGAAGCUGCAUUGCUGCAAUUUGUACCUUCAACCCGUUGGUAACUGUUGAAGUCCACUAUAUGGAGAAAAAUCCCAGAAUGUUUUCCUCAAAAACCUUCAUUUCUUUUCAGCUGAAGAAAGAAAGACAUAAACAUCUUGGAUGACAUGGGGGUGAGUAAAUGAUCAGGAAAUGUUAAUUCUGAAGUGAACUGAUCUUUUAAUGAUUUGAUAGAGGUUUGUAAUACCAGUGUUUAUGAAAAUGAAUGAUUAGAGUGCUAGCCUAAUUUUGUCAGAUAGAGUUUAGAGUUUACUUUAAGAAUAAACACUCCAAAAAAUUUCUCUUCAUUCGUAUGAUGAUGACCUUUAAGUAAAGUCUACUCUUUGAGUUUUUUCACAGUUUGUGGGCACGAAAAUCCCGAGGUUUGUAUGAGGAUAUGAAAGGCAAGGAGGUGAGGAAUAAGAGAGAAGAGAGAGUGCUAGCUUGUGUAAAAAGAGCUCAUGACUCACACUCGCGGUUGACGGUGGAUGUUAAAACUUGCAGAUCUAUGGAUUACAACAACCAACAUCGAGGCCAGAGUCUACUAAAUGCUUCAGAUCAUCUCUUCAGCCUCUCGCCGCUGACCUCAUCUGUCUCACGCCCUGAUUCUUUCCCUCCACGCUUUCAUUCUUGUCCCUCCACUCAUGUCCGACCCACGUCGCUGUUGUCGCGCUCUAUAAUGACUGUCAGGACCUGCUCGUCUGAACCUUGCACUCACAACCGCUGCCCAUUAUUUUAAAUGAGACCUAGCUAAAGUCAGCUUCGGUAACAAGCCUCCCUGUGCUGAAUGAAAAUGAAUGUUUUCCGGAUAUCGCCUAUAAGCUGAACGCAUGUUUUUCCACGGUCUGAUUAAUUGAAUAACAAUGAAAUAUACCAUAAAUACACAUAUUUUCAUUAGAAAACAAGGUGUACCUUGCGUAUAAAAAAAUAAUGUUGUCUGCACAUGACCGUUUUAGCAGUUGUCAGAUUGUGUGGAGUGUUUCUGAAGCAAAAACCUACCUGAAGUUGCAUAAAAUGUGACAAAUUGUCUUGUUGUGGGGGAUUCGGUGUUUGACAAGACCUUUCAAAUUUAAUGAGAGUGACGUCUUGCUUGGCCUAGAAUCCAAACGUCUGCGUGGGCUGCAUGAGGACGGCAAGCACGUCACUUCAAAUUCGGUUCAGGAUCCUCAUUAUCGACCCUUAUCUUGUAACUCAUGAUCCUAUAGGCUACGCCCAGCGACAGGUAGGUCACACGCUUGAGUCAAGGACGUUAUACAUACGCCAUAGUGCUGGAACAACUAGUUUUGAUCAUGAUUUUGUGAUCAUGCUGCACUUUCCAGAUUUAUCCUUUUUUUCUUUUUUGAGACAUCAUUAGGUGCUCUGACGUCCAAACAGUUGUCUUUUCUCCUCUGAUUCUUUCCUCUAUUUUAAGGCUCCAUCCAAACAGGACAUUCAGGGGUGUGGCCUUCUCUUUUUCAGCUCGGUUUCCUUUUCAACAAGGAGAAUGACACAUGCCUUUUUAUCUUUUCUGUUUCCCCCUACAACUUCUGACAAAAAGAGAGGUAUAUAUAAUCCCACACAUCCGAAUCCUGUAUAUAUUCACACUGGCACUUGACAAUGCACAAUAGAGUUUGGAGGUAGAGCUAAGUUGAUAAAGCAAUACAUACAUAGAAACCAUAGGUAACUUCUCAACAAUUACCUACCUAGAGCGUUAGACAGAAAUAUUGGACAAUCACAGACCUCUUUGCAUGGAAGAUUUGCAAACCAGCUUGGAGUCACACAAGACUGAUUGGAUUUUUGACUCCACACACUGGAGACAAAAAACUUCACCACAGCAACACACAGCCAAGAGGAAGAACUACUCCACAAAGAUGGUGGCUUUAUCCUUGCCUCCUCGUCCUGCCCGAUUGUUCUUAGUCCUUAUGAGUGUGACUCUGAUGGCAUCUGCAUUUCCACAGCCUCAACUUCGACCUCUGCAAAGUAACUUGCCUGCUAUUGGUCAAGAGGAUUCCAAAAGCGAACAGUGGGAAGUGCUGUUCCCCGCCAUCUCGCUCCGUGAUUGGAGCAUUCAGAUGCUGACCGCCCCAGAUUUUGGAGCAGCUAAGGCUGAGAGAGAACAGCUGGUGGGAGAUGAUUGGCUUCCGCUCAGCCAGUCACAGAUGGAGGAGGAGCUGGUGAAGGGCUGGACGGGCAACUGGCCUUCACGGGUGGGUCACCAGCAGAAGAGAAACAUAGUGGUGGCAGAUGACGCUGCAUUUAGAGAAAAGAGUAAGCUUUUGACAGCAAUGGAAAGACAGAAAUGGCUCAAUUCCUAUAUGCAGAAACUCUUAGUAGUUAAUUCAAAGUAAUUAUAAUGUUUAUGUAAUUGUAAAUAUAUAAAAUAUUUAGAAAAAUAUUGCAUUUUAUGUGGGAGAAAAAAGCAUUUGAUCAUCGCUACAUGAGAUAAUGUAACCAAGUUAAAGGCUGUCAUUGUAUACUCAUGUCAUUUUAAUCCCAUACGAUUUUAUUUCCUGCAUGGAACACAAAAGGAGAUAUUUAGUAUGCCCCAGCUGCUUUUUUUCCCAACAAGAAAGUAAAUCACACGGGGUUGGAAUGACAUGAUGGUAAGUAAAUGAUGAGAACCUACAUAUCUGGGUGAUCUAUCCCUUUUAAAAGAUUGUAUGUAGAUAAAGGUGCUUUCUUUUCUCUUUCUUUUUAAAUGAUCUUUGAAAAAGGAAAAUGCAUGAUGUGUUUGUUGGUCUGAUUAUGAUUUGAAUAAACACCUGAAAACAAUCUGUA